GCGGCGGCGGCGGCUCGGGAGAGCGGGGCGCGAUGCUAGGAGAGGGGACGCGUCCGACGGCGGUCGGGCGCUGAGCCGGGCGGGGCGGGACGGCCCGGCCCUGGGCAUGGAGCGCGAGGGUACAGAACCGCGGGACGUGCGGGGCGCGCAUAGUCCGAGUCCGCGGCGAGCCUGAACUCAAGUUGAGUCCGGCGAGCGGCGAGCAGGCGGCCCGAGGGGACCUCGGAACGGCCGGCGCGCUGCGAAUGAGCCUUCGCACCGGCGGCAAGACUCGGCGGCGGCCAGAGCCCGAGCAGACGGCCCGCGCGUGUCGAUCCGGCGGAGAGCGGAGCCCGAGACGCGGCACGGCGCCGCUCAGCACACGCACACGGAGCUAUGAGGUGCCACGCUGCCACCAGCUGCCACUUGGUCUGGCUUUUUGUGCUGAUGUCUGGGUGCUGGGGCCAGGUGAACCGACUGCCCUUCUUCAUCAACCACUUCUUUGAUACAUACCUGCUGAUCAGCGAGGACACACCUGUGGGCUCCUCUGUGACCCAGCUGCUGGCCCGAGACAUGGACAAUGAUCCCCUGGUGUUUGGUGUGUCUGGGGAGGAGGCCUCCCGCUUCUUUGCUGUGGAGCCUGACACUGGUGUGGUGUGGCUCCGGCAGCCACUGGACAGAGAGACCAAAUCAGAAUUCACGGUGGAGUUCUCUGUCAGCGACCACCAGGGGGUGAUCACACGGAAGGUGAACAUCCAGGUUGGGGAUGUGAACGACAAUGCACCCACCUUCCACAACCAACCCUACAGCGUCCGCAUCCCUGAGAACACACCGGUGGGGACGCCCAUCUUCAUCGUGAAUGCCACAGACCCCGACCUGGGUGCGGGCGGCAGCGUCCUCUACUCCUUUCAGCCCCCCUCCCAGUUUUUUGCCAUGGACAGCGCCCGUGGCAUUGUCACGGUGAUUCACGAGCUGGAUUAUGAGAGUACCCAGGCCUACCAGCUGACCGUCAAUGUCACGGAUCAAGACAAGACCAGGCCUCUGUCCACGCUGGCCAACUUGGCCAUCAUCAUCACAGAUGUUCAGGACAUGGACCCCAUCUUCAUUAACCUGCCUUAUAGCACCAACAUCUAUGAGCAUUCUCCUCCGGGUACAACGGUACGCAUUAUCACUGCCAUUGACCAGGAUAAAGGACGUCCCCGGGGAAUUGGCUACACCAUCGUCUCAGGGAAUACCAACAGCAUCUUUGCGCUGGACUACAUCAGCGGAGCACUGACCUUGAACGGACUGUUAGACCGGGAGAACCCUCUGUACAGCCAUGGAUUCAUUCUGACCGUGAAGGGCACAGAGCUGAAUGAUGACCGCACCCCGUCCGAUGCCACGGUCACCACGACCUUCAACAUCCUGGUUAUUGACAUAAAUGACAAUGCCCCCGAGUUCAACAGCUCCGAGUACAGCGUGGCCAUCACAGAGCUGGCCCAGGUUGGCUUUGCCCUUCCUCUCUUCAUCCAGGUGGUGGACAAGGAUGAGAAUUUAGGCCUAAACAGCAUGUUUGAGGUGUACCUGGUGGGGAACAACUCCCAUCACUUCAUUAUCUCCCCCACAUCCGUCCAAGGGAAAGCUGACAUCCGCAUACGGGUAGCCAUCCCGCUGGACUAUGAGACCGUGGACCGCUAUGACUUCGAUCUCUUUGCCAAUGAGAGUGUGCCUGACCACGUGGGCUAUGCCAAAGUGAAGAUCACCCUCGUCAAUGAGAACGACAACCGGCCCAUCUUCAGCCAGCCUCUGUACAACGUCAGCCUGUACGAGAAUGUCACUGUGGGAACCUCAGUGCUGACAGUCCUGGCAACAGACAAUGAUGUCGGCACCUUUGGGGAAGUCAACUAUUUCUUCACCGAUGACCCUGACAGGUUUUCUCUGGACAAGGACAUGGGGCUUAUCAUGCUGAUUGCCAAACUGGACUAUGAGCUGAUCCAACGCUUCACCUUGACAGUCAUCGCCCGGGAUGGGGGUGGUGAGGAAACCACAGGCCGGGUCAGGAUCAAUGUGUUGGAUGUCAAUGACAAUGUGCCCACCUUUCAGAAGGACGCCUAUGUGGGUGCCCUGCGAGAAAACGAGCCUUCUGUCACGCAGCUGGUGCGACUCCGGGCAACAGAUGAAGACUCCCCUCCGAAUAAUCAGAUCACAUACAGCAUCAUCAGCGCCUCUGCCUUUGGAAGCUACUUUGACAUCAGCGUGUACGAGGGCUAUGGAGUGAUCAGUGUGAGCCGCCCCCUGGACUAUGAGCAGAUACCGAAUGGGCUGAUUUAUCUGACAGUGAUGGCCGAAGAUGCUGGCAACCCACCCCUGAACAGCACUGUCCCUGUCACCAUCGAGGUGUUUGAUGAAAAUGACAACCCUCCCACCUUCAGCAAGCCAGCCUACUUCGUCUCCGUGGUGGAGAACAUCAUGGCAGGAGCCACAGUGCUGUUCCUGAACGCCACCGACCUCGACCGCUCCCGUGAGUACGGCCAGGAGUCCCUCAUAUACUCCUUGGAGGGUUCCUCCCAGUUUCGGAUCAACGCCCGCUCAGGUGAAAUCACUACCACCUCCCUGCUGGACCGAGAGAUCAAGGCCGAAUACAUCCUCAUCGUACGCGCCAUGGAUGGGGGUGUGGGUCACAACCAAAAAACUGGCAUUGCCACUGUAAACAUCACUCUCUUGGACAUCAAUGACAACCACCCCACCUGGAAGGACGCUCCCUACCACAUCAACCUGGUGGAGAUGACCCCUCCAGACUCUGAUGUGACCACGGUGGUAGCUCUGGACCCAGACCUGGGCGAGAAUGGCACCCUGGUAUACAGCAUCCAGCCGCCCAAUAAGUUCUACAGUCUUAACAGUACCACAGGCAAGAUCCGCACCACCCACAUCAUGCUGGACCGGGAGAACCCCGACCCACACGAGGCAGAGCUGAUGCGCAAGAUCAUCAUCUCUGCCACCGACUGUGGCAGCCCCCCUCUGAGAGCCACCAGCAGUGCCACAGUCUUUGUGAACCUCUUGGACCUCAAUGACAAUGACCCUACCUUUCAGAACCUGCCUUUUGUGGCUGAGGUGUUCGAGGGCACCCCUGCGGGGGUCUCCGUCUACCAAGUGGUGGCCAUCGACCUGGAUGAGGGCCUGAAUGGGCUGGUGUCCUACCGCAUGCAAGUGGGCAUGCCGCGCAUGGACUUCCUCAUCAACAGCAGCAGCGGCGUGGUGAUCACCACCACCGAGCUGGACCGUGAGCGGAUUGCCAAGUACCAGCUGCGGGUGGUGGCUAGCGAUGCGGGUACACCCUCCAAGAGCUCCACCAGCACGCUCACCAUCCACGUGCUGGACGUGAACGACGAGACUCCCACCUUCUUCCCAGCCGUGUACAACGUCUCCGUGUCUGAGGAUGUGCCACGGGAUUUCCGGGUGGUCUGGCUGAACUGCACAGACAACGAUGUGGGUCUCAACGCUGAGCUCAGCUACUUCAUCACAGGUGGAAACGUGGAUGGAAAAUUCAGUGUUGGCUACCGUGAUGCUGUCAUGAGAACAGUGGUGGGCCUGGACCGCGAGACCACCACCGCAUACACACUCAUCCUGGAAGCCAUCGACAACGGCCCGGUCGGUAAAAGACGUACAGGUACAGCCACAGUGUUCGUCACUGUCCUCGAUGUCAACGACAACCGGCCCAUCUUCCUUCAGAGCAGCUACGAGGCCAGCAUCCCAGAGGACAUCCCUGAGGGCCGCAGCAUCGUGCAGCUAAAAGCCACAGAUGCGGACGAAGGCGAGUUUGGACGUGUGUGGUACCGCAUCCUCCAUGGUAACCACGGCAACAACUUCCGGAUUCAUGUCAGCAAUGGACUCCUGAUGCGUGGGCCACGGCCCCUGGACCGGGAACAGAACUCAUCCUAUGUGCUGGUGGUAGAGGCCUACAACCAUGACUUGGGCCCCAUGCGGAGCUCUGUUAGGGUGAUUGUGUACGUGGAGGACGUCAACGAUGAGGCCCCUGUGUUCACACAGCAGCAGUACAGCCGCCUGGGGCUCCGGGAGACUGCGGGCAUCGGUACCUCCGUCAUCGUUGUCCGAGCCACGGACAGAGACACUGGGGAUGGUGGUCUGGUGAACUACCGCAUCCUGUCAGGGGCCGAGGGGAAAUUCGAGAUAGAUGAAAGCACAGGACUGGUCACCACUGUGGAUUACCUGGACUACGAGACCAAGACCAGCUACCUGAUGAACGUGUCAGCCACCGACCAGGCGCCUCCCUUCAACCAGGGCUUCUGUAGUGUCUACGUUACUCUGCUUAAUGAACUGGACGAGGCCGUGCAGUUCUCCAACGCCUCCUACGAGGCUACCAUCAUGGAGAACUUAGCACCAGGCACUGAGAUCGUGCGGAUCCAGGCCUACUCCAUCGACAACCUCAACCAAAUCACCUACCGCUUCGAUGCCUACACCAGCGCCCAGGCCAAAGCAAUUUUUAAUAUCGACGCCAUCACGGGUGUGAUCACCGUCAAAGGCCUGGUGGACAGGGAGAAGGGCGACUUCUACACCUUGACAGUGGUGGCAGACGAUGGCGGUCCCAAGGUGGACUCCACUGUGAAGGUCUAUAUCACUGUGCUGGACGAGAAUGAUAAUAGCCCUCGGUUCGACUUCACUUCUGAUUCAACUGUCAGUGUGUCUGAGGACUACCCCGUGGGCCAGCGUGUGGCCACUGUCAAGGCCCGGGACCCCGAUUCUGGCAGCAAUGGGCAGGUAGUCUUCUCCCUGGCCUCUGGCAAUACUGCUGGGGCCUUUGAGAUCAUCACCACCAAUGACUCCAUUGGCGAAGUGUUCGUGGCCAGGCCCCUGGACAGAGAAGAGCUGGACCACUACAUCCUCAAGGUCGUGGCUUCUGACCGUGGCACCCCUCCACGGAAUAGGGACCACAUUCUGCAGGUGACCAUCCUGGAUGUGAAUGACAAUCCCCCUGUGAUUGAGAGCCCCUUUGGAUAUAAUGUCAGUGUGAAUGAGAAUGUGGGUGGGGGCACCACUGUGGUCCAAGUGAGAGCCACAGACCAAGACAUUGGACUCAACAGUGUCCUGUCCUACUACAUCACCGAGGGCAACGAGGACAUGACCUUCCGCAUGGACCGCAUUAGUGGUGAGAUCACCACUCGGCCUGCCCCUCCAGACCGAGAGCACCAGAGCUUCUACCACCUGGUGGUCACCGUGGAGGACGAGGGCACCCCCACCAUGUCGGCCACCACGCACGUGUACGUGACCAUCGUGGAUGAAAAUGAUAAUGCACCUGUGUUCCAGUGGUCCCACUAUGAGGUGCUGUUGGAUGAGGGCCCAGACACAGUCAAUGCCAGCCUUAUCACCGUUCAAGCACUGGACCUGGAUGAGGGGCCCAAUGGCACGGUGACCUAUGCCAUAGUCUCAGGCAGCAUCAUCAACACCUUCCGCAUCAACAGACGCACGGGCGUCAUCAGUGCUGCAAAGGAGCUGGACUAUGAGGUCAGCCAUGGCCGUUACACCCUGAUCGUCACUGCCACAGACCAGUGCCCCAUCUUGUCCCACCGCCUCACCUCUACCACCACGGUGCUUGUGAAUGUGAAUGACAUCAACGACAAUGUGCCCACCUUCCCCCGAAACUACGAGGGACCAUUUGAUGUCACAGAGAGCCAGCCAGGACCCAGAGUGUGGACUUUCCUGGCCCAUGACCGGGACUCAGGCCCCAAUGGCCAGGUGGAGUACAGCAUCGUGGAUGGAGACCCCCUGGGGGAGUUUCUGAUCUCUCCUGUGGAGGGGGUGCUGAGAGUCCGGAAGGAGGUAGAGCUGGACCGGGAAACCAUCGCCUUCUACAACCUGACCAUCAGUGCCCGGGACAGGGGGGUGCCACCCCUCAGCUCCACGAUGCUGGUGUGGAUCCGAGUGCUGGACAUCAAUGACAAUGACCCCGUGCUGCUGAACCUGCCCAUGAACAUCACCAUCAGUGAGAAUACCCCCGUCUCCAGCUUUGUCACCCACAUCCUGGCCAGUGAUGCAGACAGUGGUUGUAAUGCGCUGCUCACCUUCAACAUCACCGCUGGCAACCGAGAGCGGGCCUUCCUCAUCAACGCCACGACAGGGAUUGUCACCGUGAACCGGCCCCUGGACCGUGAACAGAACCCAGUGUACAAGCUGACCAUCUCGGUGAAGGACAACCCGGAGAACCCACGCAUAGCCAGGAGGGAUUUUGACUUUCUGCUCAUCUUUCUUGCGGACGAGAAUGACAACCACCCCCUCUUUACUGAGAGCACCUACCAGGCGGAAGUGAUGGAGAACUCUCCUGCUGGGACCCCCAUCACGGUGCUCAAUGGGCCCAUCCUGGCCCUAGAUAAAGACCAAGACAUCUACGCUGUGGUGACCUACCAACUUCUGGGGGCCCAGAGUGGCCUCUUUGACAUCCACAACAGCACCGGUGUGGUGACAGUGAGAUCAGGGGUCAUCAUUGACAGAGAGGCUUUUUCACCUCCCAUCCUGGAGUUGCUCCUACUGGCCGAGGACAUCGGGCUGCUCAAUGGCACUGCCGACCUGCUGGUCACCAUCCUGGAUGACAAUGACAACUGGCCCACCUUCAGUCCUAAUGCCCUCACCGUCCACCUACUGGAGAACUGCCCACCAGGAUUCUCGGUCCUCCAAGUCACAGCCACAGACCAGGACAGUGGCCUCAACGGGGAACUGGUCUACCGAAUAGAAGCAGGAGCUCAGGACCGCUUCCUCAUUCACCCAGUCACCGGAGUCAUUCGUGUCGGCAAUGUCACCGUUGACAGGGAGGAGCAGGAAUCCUACAGGUUGACAGUUGUGGCCACUGACCGGGGCAGCGUCCCUCUCUCGGGCACAGCUAUCAUCUCCAUCCUCAUUGAUGACAUCAAUGACUCCCGCCCUGAGUUCCUCAACCCCAUUGAGACGGUGAGCGUGCUGGAGUCGGCCAAACCAGGCACGGUCAUUGCCAACAUCACCGCCAUAGACCGCGACCUCAAUCCAAAGUUGGAGUACCACAUCAUUGGCAUCAUAGCCAAGGAUGACACUAACCGCCUGGUGCCCGACCAGGAGGACACUUUUGCCGUGAAUAUCAACACAGGAUCUGUAAUGGUGAAAUCCCCGCUAAACCGGGAGCUGGUUGCUGCCUACGAGGUCACUUUGUCAGUGAUUGACAAUGCCAGCGACCUACCAGAGCGUGCUGUCAGUGUGCCAAAUGCCAAGCUGACGAUCAACGUUCUGGACGUCAAUGACAAUACACCCCAGUUCAAGCCCUUCGGGAUCACCUACUACACAGAGCGGGUUCUAGAGGGGGCAACCCCAGGCACCACACUCAUUGCUGUGGCAGCUGUGGACCCCGACAAGGGCCUCAAUGGGCUGAUCACCUACACCCUGCUGUACAUCGUGCCCCCAGGUUAUGUGCAGCUGGAAGACUCCUCUGCAGGAAAGGUCAUUGCCAACCGGACAGUGGACUAUGAAGAAGUACACUGGCUCAACUUUACUGUCAGGGCUGCAGACAAUGGGUCACCACCCCGUGCAGCUGAGAUCCCUGUCUACCUGGAGAUUGUGGACAUCAAUGAUAACAACCCUGUCUUUGACCAUCCCGCUUACCAGGAAGCCAUCUUUGAGGAUGUGCCUGUGGGUACGGUGAUCCUGACAGUGUCCGCUACUGACGCCGACUCAGGCAACUUUGCCCUCAUCGAGUACAGCCUCGUAGAUGGAGAGGGCAAGUUUGCCAUCAACCCCACCACGGGUGACAUCUGUGUGCUGUCCCCCUUGGACCGGGAGAAGAAGGACCACUAUAUCCUGACUGCCUUGGCCAAAGACAACCCUGGUGAUGUAACCAGCAACCAUCGAGAAAACUCAGUGCAGGUGGUAAUCCAGGUGCUGGACGUCAACGACUGCCGACCACAGUUCUCCAAGCCCCAGUUCAGCACGAGCGUGUAUGAGAAUGAGCCAGCGGGCACUUCUGUCAUCACCAUGAUAGCCACUGACCAGGAUGAGGGCUCCAAUGCAGAACUGACCUACUCACUGGAGGGCCCUGGGGCAGAGGCCUUCCAUGUGGACGUGGACUCAGGCCUGGUGACCACCAAGCGGCCACUGCAGUCCUAUGAGAGGUUCAACCUCACCGUGGUGGCCACGGAUGGAGGAGAGCCCCCUCUCUGGGGCACCACCAUGCUCCUGGUAGAGGUCAUCGAUGUUAAUGACAACCGCCCUGUCUUCGUGCGUCCACCCAACGGCACCAUCCUACAUAUCAGAGAGGAGGUCCCACUGCGCUCCAAUGUGUAUGAGGUCUAUGCCAUGGACAAGGACGAGGGCCUCAAUGGGGCAGUGCGCUACAGCUUCCUGAAGACAGCAGGCAACCGAGACUGGGAGUACUUUACCAUUGACCCUAUCAGCGGCCUCAUCCAGACUGCGCAACGCCUGGACCGAGAGCAGCAAGCGGUGUACAGCCUCAUCCUGGUGGCCAGCGAUCUGGGCCAGCCCGUACCGUAUGAGACCAUGCAGCCCCUGCAGGUAGCCCUAGAGGACAUCGACGACAACGAGCCCCUCUUCGUGAGGCCCCCAAAAGGCAGCCCCCAGUACCAACUAUUAACAGUCCCUGAGCACUCGCCACGCGGUACCCUCGUGGGCAAUGUGACAGGGGCUGUGGACACAGACGAGGGCCCCAACGCCAUUGUGUACUACUUCAUUGCAGCUGGCAAUGAAGAGAAGAACUUUCAUCUGCAAACCGAUGGGCGUCUGCUGAUUCUGAAGGACUUGGACCGGGAGCGGGAGGCUGUCUUCUCCUUCCUUGUCAAAGCCUCGAGCAACCGCAGCUGGACACCUCCGCGUGGACCCUCCUCAGCCCUCGACCUGUUGAUUGACCUCUCCCUGCAGGAGGUUCGGGUUGUGCUGGAGGAUGUCAAUGAUCAGCCCCCGCGGUUCACCAAGGCCGAAUAUACUGCAGGAGUGGCCACCGAUGCCAAGAUGGGCUCGGAGUUGAUCCAGGUGUUGGCCUUGGAUGCAGACAUUGGCAACAACAGUCUGGUCUUCUACAGUAUCCUGGCCAUUCACUACUUCCAGGCCUUUGCCAAUGACUCUGAGGAUGUGGGCCAAGUCUUCACCAUGGGGAAUGUGGAUGGUAUCCUGCGCACCUUCGACCUCUUCAUGGCCUACAGCCCUGGCUACUUUGUGGUGGACAUUGUGGCCAGGGACCUGGCUGGUCACAAUGACACAGCCAUCAUUGGCAUCUACAUUCUGAGAGAUGACCAGCGUGUCAAGAUUGUCAUUAAUGAGAUCCCUGACCGAGUACGUGGCUUUGAGGAGGAGUUCAUCCGCCUGCUGUCUAACAUCACAGGUGCCAUCGUCAACACUGACGAUGUUCAGUUCCACGUGGACAAGAAGGGUCGGGUGAACUUUGCACAGACAGAACUGCUCAUCCACGUGGUGAAUCGGGACACCAACCGCAUCCUGGAUGUGGACAGGGUGAUCCAGAUGAUUGAUGAGAACAAGGAGCAGCUGCGCAAUCUCUUCCGGAACUACAACGUCCUGGAUGUGCAGCCAGCCAUCCCCGUCCGGCUGCCCGAUGACAUGUCUGCCCUGCAGAUGGCCAUCAUCGCCCUGGCAAUUCUCCUCUUCCUGGCGGCCAUGCUCUUCGUCCUCAUGAACUGGUACUACAGGACCGUACACAAGAGGAAGCUCAAAGCCAUCGUAGCUGGCUCUGCAGGGAAUCGCGGUUUCAUGGACAUCAUGGACAUGCCCAACACUAACAAAUACUCCUUCGAUGGGGCCAACCCUGUCUGGCUGGAUCCUUUCUGCCGGAAUCUGGAGCUGGCUGCCCAGGCUGAGCACGAGGACGACUUGCCGGAGAACCUGAGUGAGAUUGCAGACCUGUGGAACAGCCCCACCCGCACCCAUGGUACGUUUGGACGUGAGCCAGCAGCUGUCAAGCCUGAUGAGGACCGGUACCUACGGGCAGCCCUCCAGGAAUACGACAACAUUGCCAAACUGGGCCAGAUUAUCCGGGAGGGACCCAUUAAGGGCUCGCUGCUGAAGGUGGUCCUGGAGGAUUACCUGCGGCUCAAAAAGCUCUUUGCACAGCGGAUGGUGCAAAAAGCCUCCUCCAGCCAUUCCUCCAUCUCCGAGUUGAUCCAGACAGAGCUGGAUGAGGAGCCAGGGGAGUGCAGCCCGAGCCAAGGCAGCCUACGCUUCCGCCACAAGCCGCCAGUGGAAGUCAAGGGCCCCGACGGGAUCCACAUGGUCCACGGUAGCAUGGGUACGCUGCUGGCCACUGACCUCAACAGCCUGCCUGAGGAUGACCAGAAGGGCCUGGGCCGCUCACUGGAGACACUGACGGCCGCUGAAGCCAGUGCCUUCGAGCGCAAUGCCCGCACCGAGUCCGCCAAAUCCACGCCACUGCACAAGCUCCAUGACGUGAUCCUGGAGAGCCCCCUGGAGAUCACAGAGCUCUGAC